ACAGAGAAAAGGAAAUUGCGCAAGUCCGGGUUAUUUGUUUGUAUCUUUCUGGAACUGGGGUGAGGGGAUUAUAAAGCGGUUAAAUGCUGCCUUGUUGCUGCUUCUUCUUAGGAAAAAGCCCCCAGGAAAACAUCUCGGCUGUCCAUGUAUAUUCAACCACAGGAUUAUUAUAUACUUGCUGAGCAAAGCAAACCAUGAAAAACUGCUGUGUCAAAAGUUUAUACUUCUUACCAAUACUUUGUACUGUUUGGAUUUUUAUCAGUCUUGGAAUUGCGUAUGUUAUAGCUCUGCGCUUCGGGCACAUAAACACAUUCGUGCCGUACAUAAGCGGAAUAGCAAAGUAUUUUCCAGAGGUGAUCUUUACAGAAGUUGCGUUCACUAUUACCAGCUGUCUAGAUGCUGUAAUAUAUUAUUCAGAGUUUAAAUACAGGAAGAUUUACCAUCCCAAAUCAAGUGGGGCUUGCAACAUAAUCAUGUUAUUCCUUGGAAUUCUGGCCUGUUUUGGAAUGCUCUUAGCUACACACGUUUCGUCACUUAUAUCGAGCCGGAUUCAUUUAGUGGGAGCCUUUUUGGGCUUUGGAGUAGGAGCCGUGUACAACAUCUGUCACACUAUUCAGUACUGCAAGUCAGCCAGUUGGUGGGAUCAUUAUUACAUGACGCGGAUACGAAUUACUGUCAUCACUACAGUUCCAAUAGUAACGUUCGGUGUAUUCAAGCAGAUGGAUUGCACAUUGUUGAAGACUUGCAACCAAAAUGAUAUGCACACAUUUUUUGCCAUCCAUGAGUGGGUAAUAAUGGUUGGCCUUUGCUGCUAUAAACUCACAUUUGCCCAAGAACUUCAGUACCUAUGUCUAAUAUACCCAGAAAACAUUAAGGAUGACUGGAUAUGCAAGAGUGAAGAAAUAUCUGUGAAUGAUGAAGAAGAGCUUACAGUCUGAAGAGAUUGUGUUAACAAUGACUAAUAAGUCACACAGGGGACUAUCCAGUUUGAAGCCAUCAAAGAGGAAGAGUUGACAACUAUAUACCUAGAGACCAAAGAAGACUAAUGAUCAUGUAUCAGGAAUGUCAUUCUAAAACAGUACUUCCCUUGACGAGAAACUGCAGCCAAUCAAAGUACAGUACGAUUAGAAGAAAAAAAAAGUACAAAAUAUAGAGGCACAAAUUAUACAGGUUAGAGGCAAGGGCUAAAAAUCAGUAGAAAUACAU